GGCUAUGGAACCAGGCCGGGUCUCAGCCAUUAUCAAAUGCUGUUAGCUUUGGAAACAACAGUUACGAGUGGAACGUUGCCAUUGAGAGUACAUCGAAGCGGAUAAACUUAGCUAAACGUUGAAAAGUUACAAAGAAAAUCGCCGUAGAAGAAGAGCAUCUAACGUGAGUGGGUCUAAAAACAACAACAAAAACGAAGAAAAAACUCCAAUUACUUGAAGGUGUCUAGCAGCAGCACAAAAGUGGAGAAGUGAAAAACCCCCCCAAAUACAAUUGUAGUGGCAGCAACAACCAUACAACAAAGAAAAGAAAACUAUUUGCAUUUUCCCCGUGAAUUGUUGCUGUUGUUGGGUUGUUGUUGUUGGUGUUUUUCCUCUAGUGUGUAUUUUUUUUCUUAUAUGAAAUUUUCGUGUGGUGUGGUAUCUUCCGUGCCGUCUAUUUGCCUGUCAGUUUGUCUGACUCGAUCACUUGUUGUUGGCAAUUCGGUUGGUCUUACGGUGUUCGUUUAUCCCAGCAGCAGUUAAACCGUCUAAAAUACAAACAGCAACAACAACAAAAGUGUGAGGUGUGGUAGUGUUCAGUUGGAGCGUAGUGGUGGUGGAAAUAGCAAAAAAAAAAAACAGCAGUUACAACAACAAUACAUACAUUCUAUUAUACAUAUUUUGAAAGCCGAACAUACACACAUACUCAAGAGAAGUAAAAUACAUAAACAACAACAAACAAACGAAAAGCGAAGAAUAUCCAUCAUCAAGAAUAAAUCGUGGCCAGUUACAAAGAAAGAAAGAAAAUUCGUUUCCCAAAAAGAAUGAAAAAAUAAAUAAAAUAAAACAGAAAAAAGUGCAAAUCAAAAAACAUAAAUUUUCUAGAGAAUAAUCGAAGAAUUUUGAAAUUGACAACAAAAAGAAAAAAAAAAACAAAACACGGCACGCCAAACAACAACAUGCAAACAUGAAAUUGUCAUAAAUAAAAAAUAAAACUUCAAUCACCAUCCAAAAGAGAAUAAUUCGGAUAAUAACAAGAAUUUCGAUGCAGACUGCAAGAAUAACAACAAAAGAAUUCGAAAAGUUUUGAGUUUGAAUGCCAGAUAUCAAAAAGAUUUUGGAGCACGAAAUUUUGUUGGAUUCAAAACAAGCAGCUGGCAAUAAACUCACUCACGCACUCGCAUUGCAAUUGGCAUGUUGAACGUGAACGAACGUGAGACGAGUGUGAGCGAGAGCCCCCCUAUAGAAAACUUAAAACUCAAAAAAAAAAAACAAAAUCAUGCAGUAAAAAUCAAAUAACAAAUUAGCCCUGCGUAAAAAACAAAUCUGUUGGAGCUGUUUGUUGUUGUUGUUGUUUUUUCUCUUCAUGAGGAGCCAAAUGAAAAUCCCAAACACGCACAUUUACAACAACAUAUUAUUUUGAAAACAAAGUGAAUAAACCCACCAAGUGAAACGCUACAAAAACGGCAAAAUCUGCUCUGGUCUAUGGGCCAAAUAGAAACUUUUCUGUUGAGCGAAAUUUCAGUUCAAUACGGAACGUAAACAAGCGAAAAAGCCUACCUACGACGAGGAAGCAGGCAAUUAGAAGCCAAGUGAAAACCUUUAAUAACAAACGUGAUUGCAUUUCGAACCAAAAAAGAAUAGAAAAAAAAUAAUAAUUAAUGCCAAGAAUACAAAAUUAUUGGGUGUUAUAAAAGAAAGAAAAUCAAAUUUUUAUAGAAUUAUCCAGAAGAAAAUAUUAUCAGUUUUGUUUUUUUUUUUUGUUUUUAAUUUUAAUUGCAGAAGAAACAGCAAAUUAACAUCAUAAUUACUUUUCAUAGAAAUAUGUUCAUUAUCUUUGCUUGCAUGCAACAUAGGCAGCAGCAUCAACAGCAGCAUUCGCAAUCGCAACAACUCCAACAACAAAACAACCCAUCUCCAUUCACAUCGACAUCAUCGAAAUUAUCAUUAUUUUCAAAUGUAUUUGAUUGUUUUCCCCAACGUUCAGUGCCUUAGAGAAAAAAAGAGAAGCAAACCAGUGAAAUAUUUGAAUCCAUAAAACCGAGUUGAGAAAAAAAAAGAAGUGCAACCAAUUUCGUUUAGUUUGUAUUAAGAAAAUUAAGUGCUUUUUUGUUAUUGUGAAUAUUCGAGCCGUCCCUCUUUCUCUUCGCCACAAAUGAAUAUGUAUCGUCCAAAUUUUUACGAAUCAACGUGCCUGCGUUGCAACGAAACCGUUUAUCAAGUGGAUCGUGUAGGUCCUCUAAAGGAUUUCACUUUCUUCCAUUCGGGCUGUUUCAAAUGCGUUCAUUGCGGCACCAAACUGACACUGAAAACCUAUUUCAACAAUCAACACAAACAGGAUGACAAGGAGGUCUAUUGCAGUUCUCAUGUACCAAAGAGUGGUCCAGGUCAUUUGGAUAACACAUCGGUGGGCAUACGCCAAGCCUUGAAUGCACCACGCACCAAUAAAUUUGUAAACGAACAAAUUCGGGGAACACGUACCGAGGUGGAUGGAGGUUUCGGUUCACGUCAAUCCACCCCAAAUGGCUAUGGCAGUCGUGAGGUUAGCUCACCAUCACAAAAUGAAUCCGAUUACAAAUACGGCCGCUUCGAUGCCAGCGCUCUGCACAUUGCACACGCACUCAAACAGACUGAAAUCCAAAAAGCCUACAACAAGGCGAGAGAAAAACCCAUUGAUUUCUAUUUGGGUCGCGAAGAACAAGCUCGCCUCGAAAUGAAGCACCGCCAGGAAGAAGACGACCUGUAUCGCAAAUUUGCACGUAAACGUGAAGAGGAAGAUCGUAAAAUUCAAUCCGAAUUCCAAACCGAAUGGGAACGUGAACUGCAGCGACUAACGCACAAAUUUGAAAAAGAAUUGACCACAUCGCGGCGCAAUCGUGAGGAGCAAAACAUUCUCACCAAACGCCUCGAACAACAAAAGGAGGACUUGGAAAAGAACAUGACCCUGAGACGCAGCAAAAAGAAGGAGAGCAUAACACGUAAAAUGCUCGAACACGAACGUUAUGAGACGGCAGCUCUAGUCGAUCGUCAGUCCAGUGAAAUGUUGGAGUUGAUCAGUGCCCGUCGUUCCGAGUACAUGAUGAACGAGAGCAUUUUCCUGGACGAUGAGUUCAGUGAGGGCACCACACCCAUAGAAUAUCCCAAUUUGCCACCAUUGCCUGCACCGCCCACAGUUAGUAAAUUCCAAAUCUACACCGACCCCAUUGAGUUUGAAGACGUGGAUCGCAUAGCCAUAUCGGUGGCCCAGGAGGAUCAGAAAACCUUUACCGAUCUAGUGAGGCAGUUGGUGGGUCGUUGCACAACCGAUAUCGAAAAGGCCCGAACAAUAUUCCGUUGGAUUACCGUCAAGAAUCUGAAUAAUAUGCACUUUGAUGAUGACCUGCGCGGAGACUCACCCAUGGGGCUGCUGCGGGGUAUCAAAUUUGGCACUGAGAGUUAUCAUGUGCUCUUCAAGCGUCUCUGCAGUUAUGCCGGUCUCCAUUGCGUAGUCAUCAAGGGUUACUCGAAAAGUGCCGGCUAUCAGCCAGGGGUGAAGUUUCAAGAUUCUCGUUUCCGCAAUUCGUGGAAUGCUGUCUUCGUUGCUGGCGCAUGGCGUUUUGUACAAUGUAAUUGGGGUGCUAGACAUUUGGUCAAUGCCAAGGAGGUACCCAAGACGGGAAGGGGUAAAAACGAUAGUUUGAGAUAUGAAUAUGAUGACCAUUACUUCCUGACCGAUCCCAGAGAAUUCAUUUAUGAAUUCUUCCCCCUGCAAGAAGAAUGGCAGCUGCUCAAGCGUCCCAUUACUCUGCGAGAAUUUGAGAAUCUACCAUUUGUGCGUUCAUUGUUCUUCCGCUAUGGCUUGCAUUUUGCCGAUGAGGGUUAUGGAGCAGUGGUCUUUACGGACGAUACUGGUGCCGCCACUGUUCGCAUUGCCAUGCCCACGGACAUGCAAAGUUGCCUGAUAUUCCAUUAUAAUUUGAAAUUCUACGACAGUGAUGAGGAUUCGUACGAUGGUGUAUCGUUGAAACGUUUCGUUAUGCAAUCGGUGAUUGGUAAUAUUGUGGCAUUCCGGGUGCAUGCUCCCUGUUCGGGGGCAUUUCUGUUGGAUAUAUUUGCCAAUGCAGUAACGCCGCAGGAAUAUUUAACCGGUGAACCAAUGAAAUUCAAAUCGGUGUGCAAAUUUAAGAUUUGCUGUGAAGAAUUACAAACAGUUAUGGUCCCAUUGCCGGAUUGUGCCAGCGGUGAAUGGGGUCCAACAAAAGCUACACGACUCUUUGGCCUGAUACCCAUUACGCAUCAGGAUCCUCUUAUAUUUGCCGGCCGCAGUUUAGAUUUGCAAUUCCGUAUGUCUCGGCCGCUGACAGAUUUUAUGGCUACGCUGCACAAAAACGGCAUCGAAGAAAAGAAACUCUCCAAAUAUGUUACGCACAGUAUAUUGGAUGAUAUUGUGACGUUUAUUAUAAACUUCCCCGAGGAAGGACAAUACGGUUUGGAUAUCUAUACCCGUGAGUUGGGUGCUCCACCCCAUCACAGCAGUCAUCACAACAAUUCGUCAUCGUCGACGGAAAAACAUUUGCUGACGCAUUGUUGUAAAUAUUUAAUUAAUUCAUCGAAACGUAACUAAUAUUCCAAUCUGUCUGUUCAAUAUAAUGUAUGUAUGUAUGUGUGCAUGUAUUUCAAUUCAAAUCCUUUUUCAAUUAGUACAGACAUAGUAACGUACAUAUGUGUUUGGGGGUAGAGAUAUAUAAACAAUGGCGCCCAAAUAGGGAGAAAUAAUUCCUUUCAUUACAAAUUAAAUUCAUAAAUUCAACGUUAGGACAAUUUAGAAAUCUGGAAUUAAUUUGUGAGGCAGGGUUGCCAUUUGGCUCUCUAUUUUGGGCGGUUUUUUUAAAGUCCAUUAACAGCCUCUUUUCCUAAAAAAAUACUUUACUCGAAUCGUUCGUAUUCAAACAUAUUCAUUAUACCAUACACCACAUAGUGAUAAGGUUAUUAUGUAUUUGCGCAUGUUACAAGAAAAAGAAAGCGAGAUAGACCCAUACUUACUUUUUAGGAUCUUCAUAGAAUCACUUUCUGAGUCGAUUUAUGCAUGUCAGUCCGGCCGGCCGUCUGUCUAUGUAUUUUUGGUGAACAAAAUACAGGUCGCAUUUAUUAUUCGAUUUAGAUGAAAUUUUUUUUACCGAAGGACGAACCCUAUUGAAAUUGGUGAGAAUCGAGAUCUGUUCAGAUUUUUAUGUACCUUCGAUAUAUAUGUUCUACCGAUUUUGCGGUUAUUGUCCACCAUACAUGCAAUAUCAACCCAAACUGGAUAGAUUUUUUCAUACUUAACCGAAUCGUACAAUUUUUUGAAAUUCGGUAAUUCAUAAAUACCCAAUAUACACUUCUUUGUUACGGGAACUCUACAAAAUACGCAUAGUGGCGGUGUCAUAUAGUCGUCCCCAGAAAGACUUUUUUAAUGUGGGUUUUUAUAAAAAUUUUGAAAUUGAAAAAGCAUUUGCUCCAAAAACCUAAACAUGUUUUUUCAUUCGACAUAUUUGCGUACGAGUGGAAACUAGUUACAACUUUCUGUAGGAGGCGCUCAAUAAAAUGUUCCCGGCUAAUAGCGGAGUCUAGUUCUUAACCUCAAAACUUUUGAAAACAAAAAGCCUGGAAAUUCUCUUUCUUAUUACUGAUAAGCAGUAAGCUUAAUAUUAGCCAGCACUUUUUCUUCUUACCAGAACAUCUGAUUGUAGCUUCGGACGAUUUUGGUUUUUGGGAAAUUUUGCCAAGUGGCAACAUUGUCAGACACCCAACACUCAAAUCAUUACAUGUUUGUGUGUACAGUACAUGUAUGGUUUGCCUACGCUCUAUCCCCCUUAUCAAGAAUUGAAAUCAUGUUAAUUUGUAAAUUUGUUUUUAAAUCUAUGUAUGUUUUUUUAUAAAUAUAAAUUAAGUGCUUAUUAUUAAUUGUUAUAUAUUUUCAUAAUAAUUAGUAUAUAUAUAAAUAUUUAAAAACAAAAAACUUUAAAGUUGUUCACAAUACCUUAAAUUUGAAAGUAAUUAUUUAAUCUUUAUGAAAACAAUAAAUAAAAAAAUUAUAAAAUAAAACAAAAUAUGAACAUAUUUAUAAAUAUAAAAAUAUAAAUGGAAAAAUAUAAAGCUAAAACGCAUAAACAUAGUUUAAAUUAAUGACAAAAACUAAAAAAGGAAACAUAUGAUAUUUAUCCGCUUGGUGCUAUAGUGGCGUUAAUUAAGUUUGUUAAAAUAAGAAAGCGCAUAAUAAUUUUGAUUAAUAUAUAUUUUGUUACAAAUAAAACACGAAAUAAUCACAACAAUAAUACAAUAUUGUUUUCUUAAGCCUAAAUCCUUUGUUAAAUUUAAUUAUAAUCAGUAAUUAAAAUUGUACAGUAAUUAAAAUUGAAUUAUUUUUUUUUUCUUCUCCUAUAACAAUUGGCCUCAACUUCUCUUAAUUGUAAAUACUAUGGACUUGUAUUGAACUCUUUAUUUUCUUUCCCUUUAAUUUAUAAAUAA